AUGGCUCCCAUGCGCGUGAAAUCUUUCGCGCAGAGACACGCCGAGGAGCCCAGAACGCCGUCUCCCUUCACAGGGGGUGCUGAGGGGCAUCUCCCUGAAAUCAACGAGGAUGACGUCUUCCGUGACGUGGUUAAGAAGCUGUCUGAAUUCAUCACCGAAGUUGUGACUUUGCCAAGCACUUUUGAGCAGCUGAGAACGACCAUUGCUGGAGACUCUCUCAGAGACCUGGUAGAGCACCUGAGUCUCGAGUGUACCAACCCAGCGAUUGUCAACGCUCUAUUGGCUCUCAAAUGGCACUACAAUGCGUCGAGCGAGGAUAAGGGACUUGGAGAAGCGCGUGCUAGCGCUUGUGAGAUUGUUGCAUGGCGUCUGCUGACGCGCCUCUCGGAACGCGAGGCUGUGGAUUACUGCCUCUAUGAGAUCCCGGCAGUCACAGAUGACUCGACCAGCGAAGACGACACCAACCAGCAGGAUGAAGAGCGUGCCACUGAGACGACCGCGCUCUUGUCUCAGGCCUGGACCAACACUGCCGAGAAUGCUCGAAAGGUCUUGGAGCAGACGGGCACCAGCAGGCGGUCUCGUCUCUUCCAGUCCAUCUCCAGGCUCACCAUGAGCAUGACGUUCGAUGGCGGCAGCGACGACGAGGAGGAUGACCCGACUUCAUCUUUCAUCGGCCUGAAUGCUCUCGAGAUCGCCGCUAUCGCUGAUGCAAAGCGCUUCCUCAGCCAGAACGUCGUGCAAAAGAUCAUUACUGGUAUCUGGAACGGCGAUAUUGUCUUUUGGGACAGCCUGUCUGUGCAUGCAGAGAAGAAGCCAAGAUUCUACAACGCCCACACAGCCGACCCGUUCUCGCGGCUGCGUGUUCCCAAGUACCUCAAAUCUUUCGAGGUUCUCUUCUUUGCCAGCUUCCUGGCGUUGUACUACUCUGUCCUCGUUGAGAGGAACCCCACCCGGAUCACGCCGAUUGAGGUUCUGCUGUACAUCUGGUUUGGGGCUUUCAUCUACGAUGAGCUGAGCGAAUGGAUCGACGCAGGGUCCAUCUUCUAUGCGGCAGAUGUCUGGAACCUGUUCGAUGUGAUAAUGAUGUCCAUCGGAAUCAUGUUUGCGAUCAUGAGGAUCAUCGGGUUGUCGAGGAACGAUCGUAUGAUUGUCGAUCUUGCCUUUGACAUCCUCUCUCUGGAAGCCCUCUUCAUGGUGCCACGGAUCUGUUCCAUCCUCAGUCUCAGCCCAUACUGGGGUACCCUGAUCCCGUGUCUUAAGGAGAUGGGAAAGGACUUCAUCAAAUUCAUGGUCCUUGUUGUUAUUAUCUAUCUCGGGUUCCUCACCACCUUCUCCCUUGUCGGCCGCGAUCGCUUCAGUCUCCCCGACAUGACCAUGAUCUUGACCAAGAUCUUCUUCGGGUCGAGCUACGUCGGUUUUGACCACAUGAAGCAGAUCGACCCCAUCUUUGGCCCUCCUCUCAUGCUCAUCUUCAUUACGCUGAGCUCAAUCCUCCUCAUGGGCUCCCUUACCGGUAUGCUCUCCAACAGUUUCUCGCGUGUUAUCAGCCACGCUCGGGAAGAGUAUCUCUACGUCUACAGCGUCUACGUCCUAGAGGCAUCGACCAGCAACCGACUCACGCACUUUUAUCCACCCUUCAAUCUGCUCGCUCUCGUCAUAUUCCGGCCCUUGCGCAUCUUCCUCCCUUCGGACAACAAGUUCCGAGCUGCGCGCAUUCUGCUUCUCAAGGCAACACAUCUUCCCAUCGUCGGGGCCAUCAUGUUCUACGAGCUGGUACGCGGCAAAUUGAAGGAUCCGGACGAAUUUGCUGGCUUCUUCAAGGGGCCUAGACAAGAGACUACCACCCUGGGAACCCCCGUCCGCCCGUCUCUCAAAUCUCAGCAACCAAAGCGGAACUCGGAUACCUCGUAUCGCCGGUCGCGCUUCACGAGCGUGUCUGACUUUUCGCCAAGGUUUGUGCGGCCUGGACGCACCGGCAAUGUCGACGAGGACACGGGUGAAGCCCCCACGGAUGUCGAGGUCCGCAUCGCGGAGCUGUCGUCCAAGAUUGACAAGCUGACAGACUUGGUGGUCCGGCUUCAAGCCGCCAAUGACACCAAGUGA